AUGAGUGAUUUUGGUGAGUUCGCUGAGCUUUGAAGGUUAAUAUUGUUUCAGAAUCCUUGAUCUGUGCGGAUUGUGGAGCUGGGAAUGCGGAAUGGGCUUCGAUCAAUCGAGGAGUAUUUAUUUGCAAUGAAUGCUGCUAUAUCCAUCAGAAUUUGGGUAAGAUUUUAUUAUUUUUGAUUGGUUUUUAGGAGAUGAUGAAGACAUUGAUGAUUGUGAUGGAAGGUGAAGAUAAAAUAAACGAUUAUGGGGUGGAAAAGCCAGAAUAAAGUUUCACAGAGCUUUUCCAUUUAUUUAGCAGCAAGGUUUUUGAGAAAAAUCCAGAUUUCCUAUCUAAUUUAUAUUACACUCGACGCCCUUCGUUGUUUAUACCAUAAUUAAAAAAACUUUAGUUCUUAUUACCUAAAGUUUUGCAUACAACGAGGAGAUGGACUGUUUUAGCUAGAAGUAGGCUUUUUCUGGACCCUUGCAAAGUUUUUCGCGAGAUGAAGACUAUUUUGAUGUUAUACUAGAUAGCUCCUCAAAGUUUAGAUGUUUUGACGUGACGGAUGGAUUUUUACUGCCCAAGAUUUCUCUAAAACUAAGUGUAGCCCUUAAAAAAUUUUUGGAAAUUAAAGUUUUUUAAUUUUGAGUUCAGAAUCUUUAACAAUCGCCAGUUUGGACCUUAUUUUAGACAAUGAACCAAAACUUCUCAAAAUUUUUUCUUCCAGGUCGUCACAUAAGUCAAGUUCGAUCUCUCAGAAAAGGAGUAUGGGUCCAAAGUCAGUUGGAAUUGCUGAAAGUGCUGUAUGAGAACGGAUCAAACAAUAUUUGGGAGCAUAUUUUGUUGGACCCUCAAAACGAGAGGAAAAGUUCGAAAAAACCUGUGUCCAAGUGAGUUUUAUUGCCGAAGAAGAAUUUUCUGUUUGCAUUGUACAAUCUGUCAACAAACUUUUAUUUUUUUAUUUCCAAUUUUUGCUGAAAUUCUAUUAAAUUCUUUAAAUUUCUCCUAAAACAAUAUAAAUUUUGUCAAAAUUUCAGUGAUCCCGUCUUCCCAAAGAAAGAAAACUUCAUCAAACAGAAGUACCUUCAAAACGAAUUCACAAUUCGCCCAUCAAAGGAGGAACGAAACUCUUUGGAGGACCUAAAUCGCCAGCUUUGGUCGGUCGCGCGAAGCUCUCGAGUUGAGACCACGCUGAAGUUGCUGGCACUUGGAGCUGACCCCAACUACGCUGACGUCGACAAUGGGCUGGCGGCGGUUCAUGUGGCCGCAAAAGAAGGGCAGAUUUUGCAAAUUGAAUUGUUGGCCAUUUAUGGUGCGGAUGUGGCGCAGCGAACGGCUGGUGGGCAGACUGCGGCUGAAAUCGCAAGGCAAGAAGGGCAUGUAAGUAUGUUUUUGUUUGGAAUGUUUUUUCUGAAUUUAGGCGUUAAUUAUGGAGAUUUUUGUUUUGGCAGCCUGCGCCCAGCCUAUGCCGAAAAACUUGUGCGAACUGCAGUGAAACAGUUAAAAAUGACGUCACAGGGUUCAUUGAGACUUAUUAUGUCCGUAAAUGCAAUUUUUAUAUUUCAGGACGACUUAGCCACGCGUCUAGACGAGCUGGAAUUCGCUGUAACCGACCAUUUCUCCAUGUUUUUGUGCCGUCAAAAACCCGACCACUCCACUGGCAAACACUUUCUCAUCCCCGAAAUGACCAACCCAAGCGAACAGUGCAAGGAAUUUCGCCGACAUUUGCAGGCAAUCCCAUCAACUUUGUUCGAGAAGCUGUGUCAAGAUGUAUAUGAUGAAGUGGAUCGGAGAGAAGUCCAAGCUCAAUGGAACGCUGUGAAUGGACUCAUAGCGGUGGGAAGAUACGAUUCCAAGCAUGUGGCGGUGUUUUUACCGGUAAGGUUUGUGGUUUUUUUAAUUGGAUUUUAGAAAGGGGAAGGGUACCUAAAAUAAGGUGGAAUUGUGGAAAAUGAUGGAUUUAUGGAGUUGAAUUUGGCUAAAAAUUAUAUAUAAGGGUUUUAUAGACGGUUUAUAACCUGUUUUUGGUAGUUUCACGGAAUGCCAAGUUUUCGUUGCGGGACCCAAAUAGGUCUCGAUAAAUCAUAUAAUACUGAUUUUGAUGGCAUAAUUUAGCUUGCAAAUGAAAAUAGAGGAUCGUAGAAUUAUUUUGAUAUAUUUUGUCUGCUGCGGAAUGCCAAACUUUCGCUUCGAAACCAAGAUUUUGCAAAUUUGAUCUCUAAAAUAAUGUUUUUGCAUAAAAACAGACAUUUUUGGAUUACAAUUAGUUUGUUUUCCCAAAAUAUGUUUACUGUCUGCUCUAAAUUUUAGCCCAAUGCCAACCUAACCGCCACCCGGAACCAAUUACGCCAGAAAUUGGCCAAAUACGACGCCCGAGACCUGUCUCAACUGAUUUGCGACCUCCUGAAGGAAGCGAAACGUCGUUUCCUUGGCGAAGAGCCAAGUUCCGUGGACGAAUCACCCAGAGCAACUCAACAGUGGCCAAAUGAAAGGUGGGAAGAGAUAAAAUUCGAUGAAUUUGACUAUAUUUUACUUGAUUUUGGUCGUUUUGUGAAUUUUUUGGAAUUUUUUUGUUUCAUUUGAGUUUAAUUUGCUCUGUUUUAGUCUUCAAACGCCCGAAAAUUUCGAACAAGUCACUGAUCUGGCGGAAACUCGCAAAUCCCACGGCUCCAACGGAACCCAUCGCUCUUCGGCCCUGAGGGCAUCGGAUCGAAAUUCGAACCCAACUCUUGACGAUUACCUGGAAUUGAAGGAAAAGUUGACUGAGACUGACCAGAAAUUGAAUACAGUGGUCCAGACUUAUGUGCAAAUGUCGAAGUGAGUUUUUAGGGGUAAAUUAUAUUACUUUAGGUGUUUUUAGAUGAAUUUGAGGUGGAAAGGAGGUAAUGUUAGGGGGAUUUGGUGGGUUUAGAUUGCUAUUAGGCUGUAAAAAAUAUUUAGGUACAUUUUUGGAAGUUUUGGAGUUAUUUAUUUAACCCUUUCCGGACGAGUCGGCACCUCCAUGCAGAAAUGAAAGAGGGUACCCUACUGAGUAACGGCAUAAUAGUGGUUCAGCCCAUCGAAGCGUUAUUUGGGACUUAUGACAAAAAAUGUCCUAAAAAGUACCCCCAGUUGACAUAACCCUUAUAAAAUUUUGCUAACGACCUGUAAAUUAGAAACUACCCCUAAGUUAAAGUCUAAGACUCCUACUACUGUUACAUCCAAGAACUGUCCAAAUCGGACCACUACAGGAUUAGUUAUCGACUUUUGGAAAUUGAAUUUUAAAUUUCGACCAAUUUUUGGCCCAAAAUUGAGUAUAUCUUCCGCCGGAAUCAACCAUUUCAGUCUAAAUGUGGUUUUUCUAAAUCUAGAGUGACGCUAGCUUCUUCCCAGAAUGUUUCCAGAAAAAACCUACAGGGCACGUUUCUGUAAAAAGCGAAAAGGUUGAAAGCGUAAAGGUUUCACCGUAUAAAAUGUCGCCGCAAGCCGAGAAGGGUCGGGCGCAGCUCGAAAGGCGAAAAUAAUAUAUAUUUCUUUGAGAAAUACUAUUUUAGUGUGAAACUAAAGCAAAAUCCAAUGAAAUUGCCUGAAAAUGCAUUAAAAAUGCUAAAAUGACAUUGAGUUAAUGUUUGCGUGCUCUGUCUGUCAGUAUUUCAUCUGAAUUCAGCUUGUCGACACUAAAAUAAUAUUUUUCGAAGAAAAAAAUAUUAUUUUCGCCUUUCGAGCUGCGCCCGACCCUUCUCGGCUUGCGGCGACAUUUUAUACGGUGAAACCUUUACGUUUUCAACUUUUUCGCUUUUUGCAGAAACGUGCUCUAUAGGUUUCUUCUGGAAACAUUCUGGGAAGAAGUUAGCGUCACUCUAGAUUUAGAAAAACCACAUUUAGACUGAAAUGGUUGAUUCCGGCGGAAGAUAUACUCAAUUUUGGGCCAAAAAUUGGUCGAAAUUUAAAAUUCAAUUUCCAAAAGUCGAUAACUAAUCCUGUAGUGGUCCGAUUUGGACAGUUCUUGGAUGUAACAGUAGUAGGAGUCUUAGACUUUAACUUAGGGGUAGUUUCUAAUUUACAGGUCGUUAGCAAAAUUUUAUAAGGGUUAUGUCAACUGGGGGUACUUUUUAGGACAUUUUUUGUCAUAAGUCCCAAAUAACGCUUCGAUGGGCUGAACCACUAUUAUGCCGUUACUCAGUAGGGUACCCUCUUUCAUUUCUGCAUGGAGGUGCCGACUCGUCCGGAAAGGGUUAAUGAACCUAGGGCGCAGCCUGCCAAGUUGAAACAUUGAUGGUCCUGGGGGAUUUUUUUAAUUUGAGAUUAUGUUGAGUCGCGAGGACAAAUACAAAAACAAUUUUGAGUCAUUUGUGAAAGUUUUAGCUACGAAGCCAGGGCGCAGGCUGCGGAUUAAAAAUUUUUUGGAAACUUGAAGAAAUACUCAUGAUUUUAUUUUCAGAGACCUCCAGCUUCUCCAAAAGACUGUAGAACAAAUGUUUGAAGAGAGGAAGAACCUAGAAGGACAGCUGGGAAACAUAAACCAACAACUUACCCUAAUAUCGAGACGCUCACCACCCCCGCAAAUCCGCCCAUUCUCGCCAGCUAUCUCACCAAUCCCGAAGCCCUUUAGUCCGAGGCAAAAUAACGGUAAGAGGGCGUUUUUGAGGGGUUUUUGGGAGGAAAAUGAGCUUCAAUUUCCCCAAAAUUUACCUUAUUUUAGCGCCGGAACCCAAAAAAUCCCCAAUGCAUCGCCAAAUCAGCCUUGGAGGGCCGGAAACGUCUCACCCGAGAAGAGAAGAACGUCAUGGAUCGGUUCCGCAUGACUCAUCUGAUGGCCUACAUCAGCAGCAACAUUUCCCGGACACUUUAAUCGCGGAAACCGAGAAAUUAAUCGCGUUGAUUAAGAAUUUGCUCUCACAACUCACCCAACCCCAACCACAGCAUAAUAAUAUUUUGCAUUUGGCCGAUUCGGUAAGUUGGACGGGAUUUUUGUUUCAUUUUUGGGGGUAUUUUGAAGUUUGCCUGGGCGCAGCCUGCCGAUUUUAAGUUGUUUUUUCGGAAGGUGGGUGGACGUAUUUUACCAGUGGAAUAUUCGAAAUUGAUUGUGUUUAAUGGAUACUUUCAUAAUUUUUAAUUUUUUUUUUGAGUUUCUCUGGGCGCAGCCUGCCGAUUUUGAAAUUUCUUUACAUGGUUUUUAUGGACCCAGUAUUUUACCAUCAAAUUAAUCGCAAUAUGUGCUGUUUGAUCCCUGAUUAAGACUUUGGAUUUCACUCCGAGGGCGCAGCUCGCCAAAAUCAAAAUUUUGGAUUCCGCAGCCUGCGCCCUGGCUAAUACGAAAAAAUUGAGUAAUUGAUCCGGAUAUGAUUUGUAAUUGUGCAGCAUAAUGUGAUAAGCCAUAUUUUUCAGAUAAAUUACCAGAUCUCACGCAUCAUCGACACCAUUCCGACCGCUUUUCGCGCGGGCGAAGUUCAACACUCCGUCGAAGAAAUUCUCCAUUUCAUGCGCGCUCUCUACGCGAAAUGCACCCACAGACCGCUCGCCACGGAAGAGACGAUCACCUCCGCGUAUUCAGUGGCACAGUCGGCCAAGAAAUUGCUGAUCAGCGCGAACGAUGCGGCCGAAAACCGAAAUCGCUGA